AUGGCGAGCCCCUCCUCCUCCCGCCACCACGCACCUCUCCCACUCAGCGCCCGCGAGGCGCGCCGACCACCGUCGCCUCCCCAAAGGUUUGUCUUACCAGCUACGCCCGCCAAUCCCGCCCCCUCGCACGGAGGGUGUUCGACGGAAUGCCCCCCCGGCGACGCCUUAGGUACAGGCCAACAGGUCCUGACAUUGAAACCCACGUUCUGGUUCAUUAAUGACAUGGGAAUCAUUGUAAAACUGAUGACUUACAUAAAAGAAUGGAAAGGAGAACAGAGAAAGCAAGAGACAGUUGGUGCAUUUCAGAAAAUACCAAUGGUGAUGCCUGCAACUGAUAUACUAAUGUCAGCACAAAGGAAAUCUAGAAAUGUGCCACCAACAAAGGGUAUAGCAAAUAUUGCUAAGCGUGAAAGGAACAAAGGUGCGAAACAGCUUGAUGCCUUAAUGAAAGAACUUUCUGUACCGCUGAGAACAUACACAGAAAACUUCCCAAAGAGGAGAGAUUUGCAUCCUUAUGAGAGGUCUCUCAUUGAGUUGACUUUUGGGGAGGGUUAUUAUGAGCAGGUUCUAGGACGUGUGGAUACUCUCAGGAAAAGGAUUACUUCUGUUGGAAAGCAACAUGCUUCAGUCUGUGCUAAGUCAACAACAAAACGUGAAGCAGAGGAGCGCCUCACCGAGGGCAGAAAGAAACUUGAAGAGGCUUUCCAGCAUGGGAAGCAUGCCAUUGAUGAUUUAGUAAAUGUUGCAAAGGCUUUGCGUUCUAUGCCUGUUGUUGAUCUACAUAUUCCAACACUAUGUCUAGUUGGAUCACCCAAUGUGGGGAAGUCAUCAUUAGUCCGCAUAUUAUCAUCUGGAAAACCUGAGGUCUGCAGCUACCCAUUCACAACAAGAGGGAUUCUAAUGGGUCACAUUGUAUCCAAUCACGAACGUUUUCAGGUUACGGACACUCCAGGACUCCUAACGAGGCAUGAUGAUGACAGAAAUAACAUAGAGAGAUUGACACUUGCUGUCCUUUCAUAUCUACCUAUCGCUGUCCUGUAUGUGCAUGAUCUAUCUGAAGACUGUGGGACCUCAGUGGCCGAUCAGUACAUCACGUACAAGCAUAUUAAGGACAGAUUCGGCGACCGCCUAUGGCUUGAUGUUAUAUCCAAAUGUGAUCUUUUGGGAAAGAAAGAGCCCAUAAGCUUUCACGAUGCUGAUGCUGAUGUAGCACAGUACAGAAGAUUGGGGCCAGAAGGCGCCCUCCAAGUAUCUGUGCCGAGUGAAAUCGGCGUCAAAGAGCUAAAGGAAAGAGUGCAUGAGCUACUGACCUCUCAGAUGGCUCGGAUCAAAGCUAGCAAGGCGGAGCAUGAAACACAGGAAGUAGGGACAAGUGUUGUUUACUGA